AUGUACAGUGAAGAAUCCCAGAGCGACUAUGAUCACCAAGUAUCGCAAACUGAUAGUGAGGAAUCCAUUUCCUCCGAGUCUGAGCCCUCCCCACCGGCAAAAGUAGUGGUUCCCAUCAGGCUGUCCCGAGGAAAACCAAAGCCCACCGAAAAAUCUGCUGCAGCUGAAGACAACAUUGACAUUGAUCGACCCAAAAUGAAGAAAUUUUUCUUGCCGACAGGGAACGAGGUGACUUUCAUUGACCACAACAAUACUUUGGACUCCGAAGGCUACCCGUUACUCCCGAACGGCAACACAGUCUUUGUCAAACCACCUGGAGUGGAGAUCACCAACUGGGGUGAAGUUGGAUUUACUAAAAAGGUUGGUACCGAGUUCCGGUCCAAUGGACUCUGGAAGUUGAGGAGAAUUAUGUGCCUUGGUGUCCUCCGUUGUGACCGCGAUGGAUGUCGAUGGACAGGGUCACCUCCUACAGGAACUCAGGAAAUGUCAAUUUGGCUACAGAAGCACCCAAGAUGCCGAGCUCGGGGCAGGAAGUGCCCGGGAAAUGCGACACAUGUCCCCUGUGGAAACACCAUCACCCGCUUUGAUACAAACACCGCAACCGGGUGGUCCAUCCUCCGGCAUUAUGGCAUCCACCAUCACCCGUGGCCUGAGGCCAAGAAGCCGGACCCACUGGCCAAGAAGAAACUCAAGGCAGAGAUUGCCAAGAACCCCAAGGAGGGGGCUUUGGCACUGAAAAUUGGCAAGCCGAGUGCGCCCAAGGACCCAUUUGACAGUGUCCUCAAUAUCCACCCAUCUUUGGCGCAUGCAGAUCGGCUGCGGUAUCAUCGCAGGCUCAUGCUCACCGAUCUAGGAAUAGUGCCUGGGAAAAAAGGCGCUGCCAUGGACAACAAGUUUCUGACUGAUAUGUUCCAAUGGAACAAACGCGGAUUGCGAAUAAUCUCUGCAGGUUUCAUGGACGAUGCAGAACACUUCACAUUCCAAACAGAAUGGAUGGGCAAAACUGCUUCUGGCUCGCGACAUUGA